UUUUUUUUUCUUUUUUGAAAAACAAAACCCAAAGGGCAAUCGACGCUGGAGCUGGGAAAAUCGGCAACUCGGGUUUACAAAUGCCAAUGGUCUGAAAAGCAGAACAGCCUCUCAUCAAAAACAAUAUCGAAGAAUCUCUUCUACAACAAUGGCGGAUCCUUACUAUCGAUAUGAUGCUGCCCCGGCCAGAGAUGGUGUUGCAAGGCCCAACUUCCCGGGCUACCUUUCAUCAGAAGCACCGUCACUGUUUGCUUCUAGUGGCACAACUUCUGAUUACCUACAACCCGAUGUAAAUCCAAUUCGAUCUGGGACAUAUGGUGUGAAUGAUUAUUCUAGCGUCGGGGCACAUCCUGAACCUGGUCUUGGUGGAUUAUCAGCUGGGGCAAGCACUAAAGGUUAUGCUUCUCCAUUGGAUGAUUCAUAUUUGAGAAGCCAAAGACCAGAUUAUGGAGUGGGUAUCAGUCCAAGGCCACUGGAAAUGGUGAAUGAGAGGCCAAGCUCCUUGAGAAACGUUGAGAACUUCUCAGCAUCAGCACCAACAGCUGCAUCAUCAAGAGACUCAAAUAUCUUGUUUGUAGGUGGGCUCCCCACAGAUUGUACAAGGAGAGAAGUGGGCCAUAUAUUUCGACCAUUUAUCGGCUUCAAAGAUAUCAGAGUUUUCCAUAAGGAGGCAAGACAUAGUGGGGACCGUGCGAUGGUCCUUUGCUUUGUCGAAUUCGCUGACUCGAAAUAUGCUUUGACUGCUAUGGAAGCUCUCCAAGGUUACAAGUUCGAUGACAAGAAGCCUGACUCCCCUUGCUUGAUGAUCCAUUUUGCGCAUUUCCCACUCCGUCUCCCUUCUGACCGAGAUGAAGACCGGGCAGAGGCCCCCCACUGACGAGGCAUGCAUAAUAUGCUAUAAUAGUUGUUAGCUCAUUCACAUAGUCCUGGGGUCCUCGAGAGUACACAUUUUCUGCAUAUCGAAAACAGUGUCAGGAACUUGCAUUUCGGCCCCCCUCCCUGUAAAAAGCAAAUGUUUUUGUUCUGUCGUUCUGGUUUUGAGACAACAGUUUUGAUACAAGAAAUAUAGAGAUCGAAAGAAGUCGUUUAGAUGAAA